GACAUCGCGCGCUUUACUUUCCAAAUGUAUGGGUUAGGUGGCAGCCUGACAUGUCUGUGCAGCAAGAGUAACCGAAGAAACCCAACGUCGAAGUUUUGAUCUGAUCAGAAUUCUCCGAGUUUGGUAUAGUUGAUGCGAUAUUAACUUCAUGUUCGAGCCGAGUCACCGAAUCAAGCUAGCCUGUAGAAGCGGAGCCGCCGAGUGCUGGUAAACCUAAUAUCCUGGGAUUGGAGUCAGCUUCUUCAACGCCAAUAUGUUAACCAGCAACCUCCUUCUCAUGGUGAACAUGAUUCUGCCUACCCAAUGUUGUCGCCAUUUGUGUCUGCGGAAGCUGACCUGGAAGGGGAAUAUUCCCGACUCGAUGGUCUAACAACCGCCAUCAUGGUGAUAUCGUGUACCUUCCUUGGGCUAUCCCUGAUUGCCAUCUCUUUGAGAACCUAUGUAAGGCUUUCAAGAAGCCUUUUCAGGUUGGAUGAUGGCUUCAUGAUUGCCGGUGCUGCAUUCUACACUGUUGCUAUCUCUUUGACAAUAAGAGCCCUCGUCGUCGGUAUUGGAAGACGCGACAAGCACCUCGAUGCAUGGCACUCAAGUGAGGCGAUAAAGUACUACAUCAUCUGGAUCCUCAUGUAUGUGACCGCGCUCGCGACAGUCAAGUCCUCGAUCUGCACGACGAUUUUCUACGUCACCGCGACACAGCCCAGACUGCGCACCGCCAUAUAUGCGCUACUAGCUACGACAUGGGCGUCCUUCUUUAUAACCUUUGUCGGCGUCCUACUAUACUGUCGUCCAGUCAGUGCAACAUGGACUCGGCAAGGAGAAUGCGCACCGAUAUCUACUUUUGUCAUUCUCGGUCAUGUUGCUACUGUUUCGACAAUCGUAACGGAUUUUGGACUCGUGGUUGUGCCAGCCAUCAUCCUGUGGGAUACGCAUAUGAAAAGGAAACGGAAGUUGCAGGCUCUAGGAUUGCUAUCGUUUGCCUCCGUGGCGUCUAUCAUCACAGUUGUUCGGAUUCCUUAUAUUAACAAAUAUGAGGAUGGCAAAGACAUACCGUUUUGGGCUGCCCAUAUAAUACUUUGUUCGAACGUCGAGAUAGGAGUCGGUUGCAUUGCUUCAUCAGUGCCUUCUCUUCGACACCUUCGGCACCUUCUCCACCGAACAGACGAACCCGUUUGCCUUCGGCAUAGUUGUAGGCAAAAGUUGGCGCGCCUACGUUGGAGUUCCUUCACUAUCGGGAGUCCACCGUGGCGCAGGCCUGUGGAGAUGGGCAUCAGACUAUCAUCCAUGAGUCGCAGUCACCCAGAGGACGAUUGCGAGCGAUUGCAAGACCGAGUCUCGAUGCAGAGCGAUGCGCAGAUGGAUCUCCAGACGUUUUGUAGAAAGUGGAUGCAGAGAGUGGAAGACACUCACGACAAAGACGCAGAUGCUAUACCUGAUUUGAGGGAUGUGGGGAAACUCAUAGCAUCGAAAGAAACUCCAUCAAAUGCGUCUUAAGAUACUAUUGUUCAUUGGGGCGUAGCAUUUGCUGCAUGAAAGCCUAUUGCGAACAUUCACAUAAUCCUGGACACCAAACGGCGAUAGUCCUGCCUCCUGCCCUGCGCACGAUUAUCGUCCUUGGCAAGUGC